GCUCGAUCCGGAUCACUUCAGUGUCUGCUCGGCCUCUCUCUUUCUUCCCGUUCGUCCGCAGGAUCGGUCAAGAUGGCUAACACCGACGUAACUUCGUUUAUGAAGGAUUUCUUGGCCGGUGGCGUCUCUGCCGCUGUGUCCAAGACCGCCGUCGCCCCCAUCGAGCGUGUCAAGCUGCUCCUGCAGGUUCAGGCAGCUUCCACUCAGAUUGCGGCUGACAAGCAGUACAAAGGCAUUGUUGACUGCUUUGUCCGUAUCCCCAAGGAGCAGGGCGCACUCAGCUUCUGGCGUGGUAACCUUGCCAACGUCAUCAGGUACUUCCCCACCCAGGCCCUUAACUUCGCCUUCAAGGAUAUCUACAAGCAGAUCUUCCUUGGCGGUGUAGACAAGAACACUCAGUUCUGGCGUUACUUCGCUGGUAACUUGGCCUCUGGUGGUGCUGCUGGUGCCUCUUCCCUCUGCAUUGUCUACCCUCUUGACUUCGCCCGAACACGUCUGGCUGCUGACAUCGGCAAGGGACCCGCUGACCGUCAGUUCCAAGGUCUGGCUGACUGUCUGAAGAAGACCUUCAAGACUGAUGGUCUUUCUGGCAUGUACCGUGGAUUCGGUGUGUCAGUCCAGGGUAUUAUUAUCUACCGUGCUGCCUACUUUGGCUUCUUCGAUACUGCCAAGGGCAUGCUGCCCAACCCUAAGACCACUCCCUUCCUGGUCUCAUGGGCUAUUGCUCAGACUGUCACCACUGUUGCUGGUAUCGUGUCUUAUCCCUUCGACACCGUGCGUAGGCGUAUGAUGAUGCAGGCUGGCCGUAAGAAGGCUGAGGUUAUGUACACCAGCACACUUGACUGCUGGCGCAAGCUCUACGCCCAGGAGGGUGCCAACGCCUUCUUCAAGGGUGCCUUCUCCAACGUUCUCCGAGGCACUGGUGGUGCUCUUGUGUUGGUGUUCUACGACGAGAUCAAGAAGCUCAUUUAAAUAUCUUUAGGAAUAAUUUAGGUAGAAGUGCAGGCAUACACGGUUGCGAGAUCUGACUCCACAUUCCAGUCUCAUUCCGUUGAGAACAAAUUGAAAUCGGUAGAAGAUCUGCAGCUUCUAAACUGGUGUAGUGCAUUUCGAUCGUGAAUGCAGACCAUGUCAGUGUACUGACCCGUGUGUAUCAGUCAGAUUUGCAUCUUGGCUUACACUUCAAGAAUAGCAGAAUUUCAAUUUUUAAAAUCUCGAACCAUGAUGUUUAGGUUUGUUUCUCAGUAUUCAUUGCUCGAUCGGGAAGAGCUAGAGAGGCCACAAAAGUGAAGUAAAAUGGAAGAAUUACCAAAGACAUUCCAUCCUUCAUGGCUGUAUCAGUGUAUCAUCAAGAUGGAAUGGUGAUUGCAAGAGAUUUUACUGUAACUGUCUAACAAUAAACGUUGACAU